AGGAGCACCGACGAUAAAGUGUUCAGACCCCUGCUGCCACUCCAAUGCGGGGGAAGAAACCCAUCGUGGGUUUAAUUGGACCGGGGUCAAGCUCAGUGGCCAUCCAGGUCCAGAACCUUCUACAGCUGUUCAACAUACCACAGAUUGCCUACUCUGCCACCAGUAUGGACCUCAGCGAUAAGAGCCUUUUUAAGUACUUUAUGCGGGUGGUGCCUUCAGAUGCCCAGCAGGCAAGAGCUAUGGUGGACAUUGUCAAGAGAUACAACUGGAGCUACGUGUCUGCUAUACACACCGAAGGCAACUAUGGUGAAAGUGGGAUGGAAGCGUUCAAAGACAUGGCAUCCAAGGAGGGCAUCUGUAUCGCCCACUCUGGCAAAAUCUGGAGCAAUGCUGGAGAGCAGAGCUUUGAUCGGCUGCUAGAGCGACUGAGGGGUCACCUGCCCAAGGCCAGGGUAGUGGCAUGUUUCUGUGAAGGCAUGACUGUCCGCAACAUCCUCAUGGCCAUGAGACGCCAGGGACUGGUAGGAGAGUUCCUACUCAUCGGCAGUGAUGGAUGGGCGGACCGGUACGAUGUAACAGAUGGCUACGUUAGGGAAGCGGCGGGCGGUAUUACCAUCAAGCUCCAGUCGGCUGAUGUGAAAUGGUUCGACGAGUACUACCUUAAACUCCGUCCUGAAAACAACCUCAGGAACCCCUGGUUUCCGGAGUUCUGGCAGCAUCGUUUCCACUGUCGACUUAAAGGUCACCCACAGGAGAGCAUCAAAUACAACCGCACCUGUGGCAAGCGAGAGUCGCUUCGGCAGCAGUAUGCGCAGGACACUAAGAUGGGCUUUGUCAUAAAUGCCAUUUACUCGAUGGCAUAUGGCCUGCAUAACAUGCAACGGGCACUCUGCCCAGGCUAUCAGGGCCUGUGUGAUGCCAUGCGACCCAUAGAUGGUGCUACACUGCUGGACUUCUUGAUGAAAACCAACUUCACAGGCGUCUCAGGGGAGGGAAUCUUAUUUGAUGUGAACGGAGACUCACCUGGCAGGUACGAAAUAAUGAAUUUCAAAAAGAUGGGGAAGGACUACUACGACUACAUUAAUGUAGGCAGUUGGGACAACAGAGGCUUGAAGAUAGAUGAUGAUGAAAUCUGGCCUAACAAAGACGGCAUGAUCAAGUCAGUCUGCAGUGAACCCUGUGACAAAGGACAGAUUAAGGUGAUCCGUAAAGGUGAGGUGAGCUGCUGCUGGACGUGCACUCCCUGCAAAGAAAAUGAGUUUGUGUUCGACGAGUACACCUGCCGAGCCUGUGAACUGGGCUCCUGGCCUACUGAUGACCUCACAGGCUGUGACCCCAUCCCGGUGGAGUACCUGCGGUGGGGAGACCCUGAACCCAUUGCUGCUGUGGUCUUUGCCUGCCUCGGUCUAAUGUUCACAUUCUUUGUCACCGCAGUCUUCAUCAGGUUCCGGGACACCCCAGUAGUGAAAUCUUCCAGUAGGGAGCUGUGCUACAUAAUACUGGCAGGGAUCUGCAUGGGGUACAUGUGCACCUUCAGCCUCAUAACCAAACCCUAUGUCAUCCACUGCUACCUCCAACGACUGGGAAUAGGCCUGUCACCUGCCAUGAGCUACUCUGCGCUUGUCACCAAGACAAACCGCAUCGCUCGGAUCCUGGCUGGCAGCAAGAAGAAGAUCUGUACCAAGAAACCUCGCUUCAUGUCUGCCUGCGCUCAGCUCAUCAUUGCCUUCCUUCUCAUACUGCUGCAGCUGGGCAUCAUCGUAGCUCUCUUCCUCAUGGAGCCACCUAAGGUGAUCCAUGACUACCCCAGCAUCCGCCAGGUCAACCUCAUUUGCAACACCAAUAACCUGGGUGUGGUUGCCCCGCUGGGAUACAAUGGCCUGCUCAUCCUCAGCUGCACCUUCUAUGCCUUCAAGACCCGCAACGUCCCAGCUAAUUUCAACGAGGCUAAGUACAUUGCCUUUACCAUGUACACCACCUGUAUUAUCUGGCUGGCCUUCGUACCCAUCUACUUUGGCUCCAACUACAAAAUUAUCACCAUGUGCUUCAGUGUCAGCCUCAGUGCCACUGUGGCGCUGUGCUGCAUGUUCGUACCCAAGGUGUACAUCAUUCUAGCCAAACCAGAGCGUAACGUGCGCAGUGCCUUUACCACUAGCACAGUGGUGCGCAUGCACGUGGGCGACGGCAAAUCAUCCUCAGCCGCCAGCCGUUCUUCUAGUCUGGUUAACCUGUGGAAACGCCGAGGCUCUACUGGAGAGAAUCUCAGCUCUAAUGGUAAAUCAGUGUCUUGGGCGCAGACGGAGCGCAGUGGCUCGCGCGGCAACCACCUGUGGCAACGGCUGUCCUUCCACAUCAAGAAGAAGGAGAACAACCAGACUGCCGUCAUCAAGCCCUUCUCCAAAACUUCAGAGGAGCGUUACUGUGGAGGGGGGGACCUGCCCCCACAUAUGCCUCUGCCCUCCCUCCCCUCCAUGUCUUCCCUAUCCAUUCAUCUGGACUCUGUCACGGACAAGACCCUGUAUGAGCUCUCUGAAGCAGAGGAGCGCUACUCGGUCACAUACCGGCCGCAGACGCCCUCGCCAAUCAGCACGAUCAGCCAGAGACUAGGGGCAGGUGUAGGGGAGGAGCACUCGAUGGCUGGUAUUCCAAACUACCCAAGCAGCAUUUGCAGUGGCGUCAGUGGGGGUAGCGGCGGCAGCUGCGGCAGUGGCGGCAGUGGCGGCAGCGGUGGCAGCGGCUGCAGCGGCGGCAGCAGUUGCGGGCCUACCAGCAGUGGCUCUCUGAUCGUGGGGAGCGACGGUCGUUUGAUUAUUGUGGACAAUCACCCGGGACCGGUCCAGAGUUCACUGAUGGAUCAGAUCAGCUGCGUGGUAAACCGCUUCACCGCCAACAUCACCGAGCUCAACAGCAUGAUGUUGUCAUCUUCUCCGACGCACUCACACUCGAACAAGCAGACACCUCCGUCUCCUCAUCCCGCCGACCCAUACCUGUUGCCCCGUGAUGUCCCGAUGGCCCCGACCCUCACCACCUAUGCUGACGUCCAGCCGCUCCCACCUGCCGAGUCCAACUUGGUGGGCCGGAGUGGCUGUCUCAUUCACUCUAUUCCUCGUUCACCAUACCCCCUGCCGCCUCCUCAUGUCCAGACCUCCCCCUCUCUCUCCCCCAUGCGAGGAGGCCUGAUCACCUGCCUCAACAACUCCCCUCUGAGGAGGGGCGAGUUGGAUGAGGAGCUUAUUGCGUUGACUCCGCCUUCGCCUUUCCGCGAUUCCCUGGCAUCUAGUAGUGGCUCACUAAUCUCAGAGACAGGUCUGUGUCUCCCCCCAGUCCCCUCCCAUCCUCCCCCCUCUCCCCCUUCGCCCAGGUACAGUAGACUGACACUCAGAAACUACAGCCAGAGUUCAUCCUCACUGUGAGGCAGAGAUUACAAGUAAAGAAAACGCAGAAUUGAAGAGGAGCACUCAAAAACAACACGUCGAAGUGAAGAGAAUGGGAGGAUGGAAAGAUUGAAAUCCAUUCGUCUUUGCGUGGAGUGAAAACCUGAAGUAAGGGAGUCGUGGAGGGCUGGUUGGUGAAGACGCCAAGCUGCGGCAGUCUGCUGUGUUCGUGUUUACAUGUUUGCAUUGAGAUGCAAGUAUAAGAAGCUUGCCCACGUUGUAUUUUCUUAGUGCAGUUUCUGAAAAGUGGGGCGAGAAGAACUGCAAAACGGGCCACUAUGACUUUGAGGUGUUUUGGUGUCUGUGAAGUCAAAAAUCAUUGUCUAAAGCAUAGACUGUAUAUAACAAGUGGACAUAGCCGCCGUGAUGUCACUCAUUGGUUUGUGGACUAACGUUUUAAAGCCUGGAGUUCACAAUUGACACAAGUGACUAUAUUUGGACGAGAGGUAGCUGGGGAGAGACAUCACAAGGUAGCCACGCCCUAAAGCAUACCCUGCUUUAUCGUCUAUUUUACCAUAAAUGUGACCAUCACUUACAAAAUGAACAUCGCGCUGUAGUGAAGAAACCUAGCGACUGAGACCAUUUAGAAGUAGGGUCAUUUUCUCAUGACUUUAUAUACAAUCUAAUUAUUUUUGCAUCCAGAGGAGUUACCCCCUGCUGGUCAAUUGAAAGAAUGCAGGUUUAAGGACGCUUCUGCAUUGGCUUCAAUUCUUUCAGACCCCAAAGGCUACAUCCACUUGUCUUCUACAGUCUAUGGUUUAGGACUAGGUGUCAUAUAGGCCUGGGUAGUGGCCUUAAGGUAACAUGGCUAUCAACUAAUUAGAGAUUGUGUGUGCGUGCGUGUGUGCGUGAGUAUGUUUUUGCUUUUCUUAGUUAAUGAGAUGUAAUGGCAAUAUGACAGCGAAGAGUAUUGAUGAUGUAAGACUCCUUAAGCCUGUACGGACUAAACAGAGGCUAUUUGCCAAUACACACACACACACACACACACACACACACACACACACACACACACACACACACACACACACAUAGGCGUGAGCACACACAAACACAUACAAUGAAAGGGAAAAACACUGUAAAUAGCGAGGUUUUGGAUUUUUCUUUGAUGAUAAAAUCCAACAUGCUUCUGACAAAAGUGCAUUGUGUCAACAUACCAGACCGUAUGUUACGCUGAAGAAUUUUCUCACAAGAGCAUCUUUUUAUUCAUCCAGCUCUCCAAUCUGUUCCCUCUACAUAGCUUUAUUUUCCUCAGUCCCUCUUUCUCCCGCUGCUUUCUUUUAUCCCACCAGUAUUUCAGUAUUUUCUACUCUUCCAGUUUUUUUCUUCAGAAGUUUGAAUGUAUAUUUUCUACAUGAUUCCUGAAGCAGUUGGGACCAAACCUUUUUGUACCUCUCUGUCUGUGACUCAAGAAAGAGGGAGAGGAGGGAUUGAUAAAACCAGGCCUUGUUUUACCAUAAACAUCUUAGUCAUUAACUCUUGGAUUAUUGGCAGAAAUCUGACCUCAUAGUUUGUUGUUAGUGUGUGACAUUUGACAAAGCAUAACACAAGGCUAACUGUGAUCCAUGAUCAUGAUAGUUUCUCUAUUCAAUCUGUCAUCACGACACAAGAGUCGCACGUCAAAGACUGCUUCGAAUGGGAUUACUUGGAAUCACAAUAAUCUCUUGUGUUAGUGGGCACGGGAUUGAAGCUGGGAGACCUUCUACACAGGGUCAUCUGUUGCACAGCUAAACAUAACUUUUUGACUUCUCCACUCUUAUCAGACAAAGAAGGGAAGAACAACAAAAGAGAGUCAUAUUGAAUGGACGGACAUGAGAGUGGCAUUGAUCUUCUCGUCUUACUCUCAGAAAAGAAAGGAAAAUCAGUGAUUUGCCAAAAUGUCAAUCUGUUGUUUUAAAAGUAAGGCCUCAUGAGACUAACUCCAAAUGUCGUACUUCCUGGAUUGUGAAGUGAACGCAAUCCAAGUGGUAAUUACAUUUUCUCAACAAACAAAAAAAAGAUAUUUGGCAAUAGUAGUACAGUAGUACUGCGAUGUCAUACUCAUAUCAGUAUGAGAUGUUUUUACAUCUUAAAUAAAAAAUUAAUGUCUGUGUAGAUGGGUGAACAGAACUAAACUUCGAUAAGAGAGCAAAACCUUAAAUAUCUCAUUUGGCUGUUUAAGAUUAGAGUUGAAAUGGUAUGCCUUUAAAACGGAAUAUAUUGUUCUUACAUGUGCCAACACUUAGACAGAUGUGUGUGAGUACCCAGAGUAUUACUGGGAGAUAAAAUGUGCCGAUGAAUGCAUUCACUAAGAUGCUUUUGAGAAAUGGGGCCCUGGCGUUGUGACAGCUCCUUCCACAGAGGAAACCCCUCAGCAAAGUAACAAAACAAGAGUCAGAAGGUUGUGAUACACAAACACACACACAUUUUAUACGAGGAAUGUUAUCUACAGCGAAGCGUGGAUUAGUAUAUCUGACUUAAUUAAAGAUAAUUGGGACUGUUGGCAUCACAACAACAAUGAGUACUUGACAAAAUGUUGCCUGUGUAUUAUUGUCCGUCAUGAUUGCCAUGUUUUCUGCGGCACAUGCAUUCGUCUGCCGACCGCAGAUGCGGUCCGUGGUCUGAUUGCUUCUUGUGAGUGUAGUAUUUCUGCUCUACAGUAGCCAGCAAGAACAAACUCAGACAAAGGGAUUCUGUAAAUAAUAAGGGCAUGCAAAGACAGUUCUGUUUUGUUUCAGAUGAAAGUACAUUUAUUUACAUAUCAACAAAGGUGAAAAAAAAGACAAAAAAAAGAGAUGUUUUUGAACUAUGUUAUAACAUCAUACAGUACCAAUAUGUGUUACGACUACAGAAACUGUGUUACUACUCUGAAUGUGUGAGUGACCAUUCCUAUUCAAAUGUCUUGUAAUUCAACACUAUAAUAAUAAUUGAUAUUAACAUGAUUAUUGUGCCAAAGGGGUUAGGGAGGAUCUAGCUUACUAGCUUGUGGGUAAAUAAAUGGUUUCAUAAAAAAAGUUCAAAAAAUAUAAAUGUAAAACUGUUUCUAUUGUUUUUGGAUAUUUUCUAUAUAAAUAUUCCACAUUUUCCAGUGUUAAAGCAAUAUUAACCAUGCGUAUACAAAGGUGCACAUCUGAAGGGUUUCCUAAAUCAUAAACGAUGUUCUUUUUCAUCCUGCUGUAAUCUCUGGUGGACAAUUCAGCAAGGAAGAUGGCGGGUUGAAAUGCCUCUUUAUGUAAUGAGAGGGAUACAAUCUAGUCAUUUAAAGUUACAAAGAAGGUAAAAGUCCCUAUUUUUUUUGCAAUGUUAUCCUCUUACUUUGCUUGUGAUUCCUCUUCUUUCGCUGUGUGUUCCUGGUUCAGUCUCUGAUCUUUAAGUCAGAUUCCAACCCACUGAUGACAUAGCUGCUGUGUGAGAUAGCUAAGAGGAUGAUUUGUGUGUGUGCCAUUAAUUGUUGCAAACUUUUUUUGUGAAGUGUGCCAUUCAAUUAAGAUAAAAAGAAAACAUGGUCUGGUUGUCCUCAAAGUAGCUGCAGUUUGUCUCGACAACUCAGAGCAAGACAAUACAAUUCUUCCUGGAUCCAAAAAUUGGGUGAAGUGGGUACGCACAAUCAGCAUCUCAGUUAAUUGCACAGAGACUUUUGCUCAUGAAUGUUGACAGAUAAAAGCAUAAAACGAGAACCGUUGGUCAUAAUUGGUUCUUGUCUCAAAGUGCUGUCUGUGCAUCGUUACCUCGACAUCUACUUAUCUAAUUUUAAUCAUCGAGAUCCUGACCUGUUGUCAGAAAAUGAACCAGUGCUGUUGCUGAGAUGUUAUCGGUGAGGAGUUGUGCUUUGUGUGCUUCUGUCACCGGCAGUGUUAAAAACAUGCAGACAGAGUAACAGGGAGCUUGCUUCAGCACUUCAGCUGCGUGUUAUCAGCCCCCCUGGGUUGGUCUCGACAGUUGUGUGCUACCUCGGCAGAAAAAGACUGGAUCAGUGCUUACAUCUACUGCUGUCUUAUUCUCUUUUAAGGGCUCAGUUCUGUGACAUCUUUUAUUCAAAUCAAGUGGUCAUUAAAAAGGAUUUUGGUUGUAAAAGUACAGCAGGCCUAUUAUGAAAUUACAGUUUGAAGUAGCAGAGAAUCAUGGCCUUACUAUAUAUACUCACAGAACCACAGGGAGAUAGAAAUGUCAUCUUUUGUAGCAUUUUUGACAAAAUAAGAUUUCAGGCCCUGCAUUUCAAUCCAAUCUUUUUAGUGAUUUUUACACCUGGUGAACUUUCUAACAUUUUUCGUGACAAAUGCGUAGUAACCCUCUCGGUGUGGAAAUAAAAACACGUUGCGGUAACAGGUGCAAUGCAGACAUUUAGCUUUCUGCACAAAUACCAUCGCUCCACAUUGUUCUGUCACAAAAAGCUACCGCUCAUAUUAAUCUGUGGUGAUCUCAGUUAUAGAUAUUUCCCCUCAUAUUCUCGCCAAAACACGAUGAUGGUGAUGAUGAUGAUGAGUGAAAUCUUAUGAUCGCCAGGAAGAUCAUCUCCUGAUACAUAUCUUCCCCAAAUGCUGUUAUUUUAGUAAAUGCACUCUAAAGAAUUGGAUUGAUAAUCCCCUGCGCUCAGAAAUACUUGUAAUCCAGACAUGCGCAUCUGCUGAUCGGAGGGAAAAAAAGACACAAGGUCGUUUAGUUUAUACUUUGUGUACGAAAAUCGGUCCUGGUUCAGAGCCAAAUACGUGUAACCACGGGGCUGCUUCACAUGCUUCCCUCCAAUGCUAUUUGUUUAAAGUGCAGUUUGAGCAAGCCUUGGUUUCAGGGCGCAGUAUAUAGUUUAGUUUUGGAUUGCGGAAAUGGGCAUCUGUGAGCAGAUUGGUGAUGAACUGAUGAGGGUUAUUCAGCUUGAUCAAUCUGACUGGCAGUGCUGUGUGAUGUGAGCAGCGUCUCCCACUGUCCUGCCUGAUUAUUUGUUUGAUUUGCUCCAGAAAACAGAACUAUGUUUACUGCGUAAACACCACAAAGACAUACGGUUGAAUAUGCUGUCAGGGCAGGAGACGUUUGUCUCGUCAGCACUGUCGCAGGCUCUCGCGUAAUUAUUAUGGAUAAUGAUGAACUCCUUUUUGUGAGUGUAAUUUAGUAGAUAUCACAAAUAGUUUCUUACCUUUUUUAACAGCAUUAAUGGAAUUAGUGAAUCACAAGAUGCUUAUGUGAAGUAACAACACAUGUGUUUUCCUGAACUGGGUAUUGAAAGUCUUGUAUACAUUAAAUCUGAGGUCAACCAGUCCCUUUUAUUUGCUAAGCAGAAAAUCCCUUCACAUUUAAUCCUGUUCUUUUUUUUGUUUUUCCUUGCACACUAAUCAAAAGAAAUCGAUAAGCAAAUCCUAACCAUACACAUCCAUAAGCUUGUAAAAAUGUAUUAUUUAUUUAUAGCAAAAGAAACUGGGAAGUAUCACAAACCCGUAUUGAUAAUCGAGGAACGUUACCCAGCCCUACUGUUCAGAAUGCCACAUUCUUUAUUGGACGAAUCCGGUUUAAAGAAACGUGUUGCCCCCGGGGGCUGACGGCUCGAUGUCUUAAAAAUCAUCAACAGUCUUUUUGUAAGUUGUUCGGAAGCUGCUGAUUUUGAAUGUUGCUUUUCUAUAAAGAAGUAAAGAGCACGUGUGUUUUGAUAUGAGGUUGUUUCCUCAGACAAUAGAGUAAAGAUGAUUUUAGGGAGUCGGUGUAAGUUAUAUCGUGCAGAGGAGAUGGAGUUGCGUAGUUAGAUUUAGAAGUAAGAGAGGAGUUUGUGUGUGUAUUUAUUUGGCUUCAGGAUUUAUGAGAAAGUGGAAUCAUUUAUUCUGCAGGUCUCUGUGUGUCUUUUAUUGUUUUGCAUUCAGAGCAGGCAGAAUUUACAGUAUUGUGUAUUGAUGGUUUGUGAAAUAUAUUUAGCUUUUGUUUGGUUUUAUUAUAAGAGAAUUAAACCAAACUGAGCUGAGAUAUUACACCAUAUAACACAGGUAUCCUUGCAGGGCAUGAUGGGGGAUCAAAGAAACAUUUGUUUUCAUAUUCCUCAUAGAUCCUCUUGUUUGGAUUAUUACUAUUAAACACAAACCCCAUUAAUACCCCUUGCUUUAAAUUCUGAUGAGAUUGUAUUUUCAUUAGAGAUAUUAGGAGAUGAUUGUUGCCUAGAAGUGAUGUUUACAUUGUUAAUGCUCACUUGAGAUGAUCAAGGUUAUCAUGUUUAAUUAGUGACUUCUGUGGUUCUGACAUUUUAUAAGCUUGUAAGCAAACGUACAUGUUUUGUGUUUUCCAGGAGCCGAAAACGAAUUUAGUUUAUUCGCGACAAAGGCAGCUCAUCUGCAUAUAAAUGAAGCCGCUGCGUUGUGUUCCAAUCUCUUUACAAGCCGGGCUAAUCAAAACCGUAAUUCAACCGAACUCAUUGGAGCGGCUAGUUCGGGCUUCGUUUUGAUAAAAAAGAAAAUUAUGAUGGGUUUCCAUAAACAUAAUUAAAGGGAAGUGGGAUGAGUUGAAUUCCCUAUAAUGAGUAUGUAGAAUGUAAUAUAUUUUUUCUAUAUUUAUUUAGAAGUAUUUAUUCCCUCCAGGCAGAAAAGGACUAUUACUGAAAUUAAAAUGUAUGAUAAAUGUAUUAUACUUAUUUAUUUAAAAAAAUAGCCGCAUAGUGAGGAUUGAAUCCCCAGACUCCAGUGGUGUUUUAUCACGCCGUUAUUAACGUAAGCUCCACUCAGUGCCAAGUUUCUGUCAUCUUUUUAUUUCAAGUGCUACUGCAUUUAAUUGCUAAGGGUGGAUGAACACUGCAGACGUUUGGUUAAACUGCAAUUAUAUCGACAUGACAAAAACAAGAUGUUUGACGAUGCCAAAAUCUUGUAAAUGUGAUAAAGAUGGCUUAAAUUCAUCAUUUUCUCAAUGAAGCCUUGUAGUGUUGAUCCACCCUACUUUUAAUGAACCUGUCUUCUUUAAAGCUUUGUUGUUGUUGUUUUUUGCUUUGUUUUUCUCUGAUGUUCAGAAUUGUAGAAUGUAAUUUGAUGCUUUGUAUUGGUGUGAUGAUGGAAGAUGGUUUUAUAUUUGGAUAUUUGAUUCUCUAUUUAAUAUCAGCUUUGUGACAUUUGAGAAUAUACUGUAUGGCUCUAGCUGUUUGGAAAAUACAGUAUGUUUCUAAGUGGCUUUUUAGGGGGGGGGGGGGGGGGGUUGAAGACUUCAGGCAGAUUUUAUGUUCAAUCACUGUUAUUGCCCACAAUUUAGCCAUUACAGAAUGGAUCAGAUGAUUUUCUCCCAGGAAGGUUUGAUAACCAGAUCCAAUCUGCAUUCCACAUGGUUUUGUCUCUGAUUUUGGCGCCUCGUUCACAAGCUUUUUGGAGUCUCCCAACAGACCUGACGGUGAGAACAAGAGCAGUUCUGGCCAAAUAGAGUUCUUCUCAUCUACUAAUUAAUGAAUCUUUAUCUCCACACUCCAAAUUGGCGAUGCCUGUGGAGGCACCUCUUUGGGCUCAUCCGUGGCCAUUGGAAACAGCAAAGAGAAAAGAGAGGGGGCAGUGUUAACAACAUGCUCCCUGUGCUUUUAAUAUAACUAUACUUUUCUUUUAAAUCAGAGAACACAAGAAAAGAGGAGCAAGGGUUCACAUAUGUGGAUGUGUUUUAUCUAACAAUAGCAGUUGUUUUUGGAGCAAUAAAAAGCACAUUUAAUAAUAAUAUGAUUACUAGCCAAUAAGUCCACUUAAUUAUCUUCAAUGAAAUUCCCCUAAACAUCAACUCUUGCACAAUUGUGGGUACACCUAUCCAUAGAUAUAUUCAUAUAUAUUAAAUAUGUUUUAAUAUUGCAAGGCAGGGAGUGCAGAUGCAUUAAUGUGAUCUGAGAAGAAGCAGAAGCCUGUGCAAAGGGAGAAACAGCGAGCACGAGAAGUUAGAUGAGCAUCAGGCAGCUCCAGCCUGCUGCUCAUCCACACAACAGGAAGUAACUGUAUCUGUGUUGGCUAAGGGAAGCACAUGAAAUACAAUCUCUUCUUGAACAAUUCUCCUCUCUGCAGAGACACUGUGCUACCACCGCAUGUUGGCAUUAACAGGUGGGUUUUUAAAAGUCACCAUAGUUUGACUCACUGCAGUCAAGCACCCACACACCGAGCAGCAAGACAGAGCGAGAGCAGCCUUCUUGAAAUGGAACAAAAGAAGUCACAGGGCAUUCAUUAACUCUAACUCACAGCUCUUCAUGAUAACAUGGUUCUCUUCAUGGUUUUUUUUCUUAGUGGGCUGUAACGCAACAAUUCUGGGACCCUCCAGUCGCUGUGACCAGACAGCAGUGCUGUGCAGAUGAGAUAUGGUGUGGUGUGGGGGGGGGACUAACACACAAACGAAAGGGUUUUGCUUUUUGAUUCAUUUUUUUUGCCGUUGAUAAAUCAUUGUGUAAGUGUACUACAAAGUACCUUUGAAUCAUUAUUGAAAUCAUUAUUAAAAAAAACUAUGAUUGACCUUUUUGUCUUUUCCAUCUUUUUAGUCGAUCAUUAUUAUAAGAAAGUCACAACAAUUACAAACUAACAUGCAGCAUAUAGAAGAU